ACUGACACCAUGGAGAGGAAGAACCAGAGUGGGAGAGUGAGUGAGUCUGUGUUGCUGGGCUUCUCAGCUCCUGUGCCACUGCGGGCACUAUUAUUUGCCCUUCCUCUGCUGGCCCAUGUGUUGGUGCUGACUGAGAACACACUCAUCAUUAUGGCAAUCAGGAACCACCCCAGCCUCCACAAACCCAUGUACUUCUUUCUGGCCAACAUGUCCUUCCUGGAGAUUUGGUACGUUACCAUCACUAUUCCCAAGAUGCUAGCUGGCUUUGUUGGCUCAAAACAGGGCCAUGGGCAGCUAAUCUCCUUUGAGGGCUGCAUGACGCAGCUCUACCUUUUCCUGGGCCUGGGAUGCACUGAGUGUGUCCUCCUUGCAGUUAUGGCUUAUGAUUGUUAUGUGGCCAUCUGCCGUCCUCUCCACUACCCUGUCAUUGUCAGUGGCCGGCUGUGUGUGCAGCUGGUAGCUGGCUCCUGGGCUGGAGGUUUUGGCAUCUCCAUGGUCAAAGUUUUUCUCAUUUCUCACCUCUCGUACUGUGGCCCCAACAACAUCAACCACUUUUUCUGUGAUGUCUCCCCAUUGCUCAACCUUUCAUGCACUGACAUGUCCACAGCAGAGCUUACAGACUUUGUCCUGGCCAUUUUCAUACUGCUGAGGCCACUCUCUGUCACCAGGGCCUCCUACAUGGCCAUCACCAGUGCUGUGAUGUGCAUUCCCUCAGCUUCUGGGCUCCAUAAAGCCUUUUCCACCUGUGCCUCUCACCUUGUUGUGGUCAUCUUCUAUGCAGUCAGUAUCUUCAUCUAUGCCCGCCCAAAGGCAAUCUCAGCUUUUGACACCGACAAGCUGGUGCCUGUACUCUACACUGUCAUUGUACCACUGCUCAACCCUAUCAUUUACUGCUUGCGCAACCAAGAGGUAAAGAGAGCCUUACGCCGUACUCUGCGCCUAUACCAGGGCCGUGAUGCUAAGCCUGGGAAAGCUAGCAGAGUUGGGUAG